CCAAUGAAGCAAAAACCAAACAAACAACUUUUAUAAAGCCUUGUUUGUAGAACUUACUUUCAUGACUUCUUAAAAAUUGUUCGAUUUUCCCAAGAAAAUAUUACAAAGUAUAAAAAAAAUUCGAAGAGUUAAAGUGUUAAUCAGGAAGUUUUGACUAAAAGCGGCUGCUGGGCAGAGGCACUCUAACAAGGAAAAUUUCGCCCAAGUGUAGAUGACACCGGUGAUAUGUCCGUUUCAUCUGAUUAUUGGUGUGAUUUGACAUUGGACGAAGACGAGCAGCAUAACAUAUUGGCUGCAUCAUUGUCAUCUCAAAAUAAAUCACAACUCCGCACCGGUGAACAGCACGCCGGCUUCGACAACAAUGUAGGCGAUACGUGGUUAUACCCCAGCAAUUUGCCACUACGUGCAUAUCAGUUAAGUAUAGUAAAGGUCUCACUAUUCAACAACACAUUAGUCGUAUUGCCUACCGGACUUGGUAAAACUUUCGUAGCAGCGGUUGUUAUGUACAAUAUUUACCGGUGGUAUCCGACCAGUAAGAUCAUUUUUAUGGCACCUACUCGUCCUCUAGUGGCUCAGCAAAUUAAGGCCUGUCAAAGUGUAAUGCCUUUUGCUGACGAAGAUACAGUCGAGUUAACGGGUAGAUUGCCGCGCUGCCGCCGUAAAGAGUUGUGGAGUGAAAAACGUGUUUUCUUUGCUACACCACAGGUGGUACAAUCGGAUAUUAAUGGAGUAGAUGAAUCUAGUACCCGUCGGGAAGAUCUUAAUUUUCCUUUUGACCAAGUGAAACUUAUUGUAGUUGAUGAAGCGCACCGUGCUAAGGGACGAUACGCGUACAUUGAAGUUGUUCAGGCUAUAAAGCAACGCAAUAACUACUUUAGAGUUUUAGCGCUAUCUGCUACACCGGGGCGUACCAUUGAGGACGUCGCAGAAGUAGUGUAUAAUCUCUUAAUUUCUCACAUUGAACUUCGUUGUGAUACGUCGGUCGAUGUGCUGCCUUAUGUUCACAAGCGUCAUAUGAAAAAAGUUGUUGUACCGCUUGGCGAAGAUUUAAAGGCAUUGCGUGACGAAGUGUUACUGAUAAUAGAUCCAUACCUUCGGCAGCUAGUCGAUGCGAAAGUGUUAGGUGGGUCGCUAGCGAACAUUACACGUAAUUUUCUAUUGUUCGAACAGAAACGAUUUCGUGAGCAAAGUCGAAGCAAACAGCAUCCAGAGCAAAAGGCUGUUUCAAUAAAUUUUUCGUUUUGUAUUAGUAUGUAUCACGCCCUUGAAUUGUUAGAACGACACGGCAUGCGCGUGUUCCUGAAUUAUUUCGAAGAAGAUGAAGAAGGGCGAAAUAAGUUUGUAGUAUAUAUGGAACCUCGAAUACGUCAUUUGUUAGAUCGAUUGCGUGACAAAUUGGGCCCGAAUCCUUUCGAAUUUUCAACACACCCAAUGACAAAUGGGCAAAUCGCUAAAUUGCCCGAUAAUCUGGACUUUGGUCAUCCGAAGUUUGAAGAAGCUCGAAUUUGUUUACUUGAACAUUUUCAGGCUCAUCCAGAUUCCCGUGCCAUAGUUUUUUGCGAAUAUCGAGAAUCUGUAAUGCUGAUAUAUCGCUUGUUACUGCAACAUGUGCCAUUGUUAAAGCCACGUUAUUUUGUAGGUCAGGGCGCAACUACUGGUUCUUUGCGCCCUCUUACACAAAAGGAGCAGAUACAAAUUAUGCAAGAUUUUCGUAGCGGUAAAAAUAACAUACUUGUAGCAACAUCUAUCGGCGAAGAAGGCAUUGAUGUUGGGGAGGUGGAACUGAUUGUGUGCUUCGACAUUAACACUUCUAAUCCUCAACGUUUCGUUCAACGAAUUGGUAGAACAGGGCGACAAAAACAGGGUAAUGUUGUGAUAUUGGUUACCGAAGGACGGGAACAGCAAAUCCUGAAGAGUGUGCUUGAGCAAAAGGAUCAAACUAAUGCAAAAAUACUUCAGUCAAUAGUAGUACGUAAUUCAUUAUAUAAGAAUUCGCCCCGGCUUGUACCCACCGAGUUAGAUCCAAAAGUAAUUCAUGUCUUUAUAAAACCUGUACCAAAUGAAAAAGGCAUUGAUGUAAAAUGUAAAAAUGAUAAUGAACGCAAAACUAGAAAAAUUAAGCAAAAAACGAAAGACAAUUACAGUAAAAAAAAUCAAGAUCUACGAACCUAUUUCAAGCAGCAAUCGAUCCAAAAUCCUAGUUUAUUAUUGGCAAGCCCACCUCAACCUGGUUUAGAGACGCAGCAAAGUGUCGAAAAAUGUUUAAACAAAAUAGAUGAAUAUUUCAAAGCCUUCGAAGCUCCAGUGACAACAAAUACACAAUUGUGUGCGUCAAAUCCAUUUACUCAAAAACCACCUAUAACUCAGUUUAAUCGAAAUGCAAUAUUGCACUCCCAACGUUUUCGCAACCUACAUAAACUAAUGCAGAAAAGUACACCUUUAUUACGGGCCAAGGACGUAAUUACCGACCCAGUAGAGCAAAUAAAAUCGCCAAAGGUAUCUAAUGAUGGAAAACGUUUCAUUUUGCGUGCCCAACCAUCUAUAGUGCGUGAUUCUUUAGAGAAAAUGAAGGUUUUGGAGUUAUUGGCCUCAGAACACGACCAAAUGUCCGCGGAGGAAAAACAUGUUAGAGAGUUGUAUAGCAUAAUUGAAACACUUUUGGGUGGCACGCGACUAGCGGUAGAAAUAUUCGUUGAUGAUGCAGAGAUAGAAGAGAUGGUUAAGAAACGCUGUGAAAUACCUUCCAGCGUUCUUGAUGUAAGCGCCAGUGAAUAUAAUGAGACCUGCAAUGCAAUAUUCAACGGAUUAGAGCCACAGGGAAUUCUGUGUGAUAAUUUUGAAUUUAUUCAAAAAGAAAUAGAAAAAAUAGAGUUUUAUAAAGCGCCAUAUCUUGAACCGGUAGAAGAUAAUAAUAUACCUAUUCCAUACUCGCCAUUAAAAAAUGAUGCCGAAUCAAUGAUAUAUGAAACUGUUAGAGAAAAUUAUCAAAACACCAAUAUUUCUGACAUCAGUAUGGAUUCUGAAACCAUUUUCCAAAGUAACUGCCAUUGGGGUGACUUCGUAAAGAAUGCCCCAUUGGCUAACAAAUCUACCCCUUUGCAAGGACCGCUAGAAAAAGCAUUCCAGCGUCAAGUUGGAAAAUCUGAAGAAAAAAACCUCUCGAAGGUUUUACCAAAGAGGCUGGAAAAAAGUUUUAGUGGGUCAAAUGAAAGUGCAGAAGAUGAUUUGGACGUGAUAUUUGUUUCUGAAACAGAAAACCUAACGAAUACCAAACCUUUGUUAACUGACAGAGUACUUGAAGAACAAAAUACUUAUACCGGGGAAAUAUCCGUACCCGAUACACUUUCUGAUGAAAAACCCGUUGUUGAUACGCAGAAUUCGUCCAAACAAAUCCUUCCAUCAACAAAUUCUUACCUAUGUGAAUUAGAUGUAGACAUAGAAGCGUUUCUGGAACCAUUUCCUGAAGAAACUCAAAAGGAUAAUACUGCUGAAACUGCAAUUGUCUUCACCAAGAAAAUUAAAAUCGAUAAUGAAAGAAUUUCUCUUGGUCGAUCAGCGAACAUUAAAUUGGCACAUCGCGCAAGUCAAAAAGAAAAUGAGAAUACUUCGAAUUUGAUAAAGACUCUGAAGGCAGUGAAGAAGUUUUCAAAUCCAUCAGCUGCAAGUGCAAAACCUAAUUUAAGCGAACCGAAUUCCAACAUAUCGGCAAUACCACAAAUGAAACUACCGAUUCAAAUAGAGCAAUAUGAAAAAUCUCCAAACAUGUUAGAAAUGUACGUGCAAAAUGCAGCAGCUAAAAGUUGUAAUGAAGAAAAUUCACUUAUCCCACAUAACACAUCUAAAAGUAAAUCGCUUUCCUUCAGUGGAUUGGACAUGAAAGCUAAUGAAGGGUCAGAAAUGGAGUGCGACGAAUUUAAAGAAACUCAAAUCCUCAACGAUUGUAAAACUGUUCAGUCAAAAGUCUGUAAAAUAUUUUCAUUAUGUAAUGAGGACAUUGUUUCCAAUUCGAAAAAAAAAAUCGAUGAUGAUGAAAUUCCAAACCCUAAUUCACCGCUUUACUCAAGUCAAAAUAAAUGCAACAGUACCUCGAAUUUAUUAACAACUCUUUCAAAUACAUCAUCAAUGCUAAAUAACAAGCAUAAUUUGACAGUAUUGGAUUCAAAUAGACCUGAAACACCACCAGGAAAGCUUCUAACUGAACCGGAACAUUGUCAAAGAUCACCAAAUCUGUACGAAAUGUACUUGCAAAAUGUACGAAAACGUAGCAACUUGCCGGAACAUAUAAAGCAGAGCGUGACUUUCGCCAAAAAUCAACUUCUUAAAGCAUUAUCCUCAUCCGUCGCUAACAAUGUGAACCCAGUACAAAUCUGUGACGAUGAGACAUUAAUCAUUCCAUCGAAGGCAACGAAACGUAAAUUAAUUUCAUCAAGUGAUUCCAGCGAGGUAGACCUGAAAGCUGAUGGAGGAUUAGAAACGGAUUGCGAAGAAUUUAAAGAAACUCAAAUCCUCAACGAUUCUGCAUUUACUCCGUCAAAAGUUCACAAAAGAAAUCCAUUCGGUGAAGCUGGUAUUGUUUCUACUUCGCAGACGAAAUUCGAUGAUGAUAUAAUUUUAACCCCUACUUCACCUAUCCACUCGAAUCAAAAAGAAAAUGAAAAUAUUUCAACGGUAUUAAAUUCCAAAAAACUCAUAAAAUCCUUGGAUAGGCCCCCAAUUCAACUUGAAUACUAUCAAAGAGAAAAUCGUAUGAAUUUUUCGAAAUAUGUGUACAAAAGCGCAGAGAAUCAACUUUUCAGAGCAUUGCCCUCAUCCGACGCUAACCAUAUCAACUCAGUUUGUAACGAAGAAAAGUCAUUAAUUAUUUCAUCUAAGACAUCCAAACGUAAAAUAAUUUCCUCCAGUGAUUCCAACGAGUCUAUAAAGGCGGAAACGGAUGAGGAAGAAUGUAAAGAAACACAAAGCCCCAUGCGUAUAAUAGACUCGAAUUCAAGUGCCAAAGAUUCUGAAACAGGUCCAUCUAACACCCGUAAUAAUAUUUCCUCGUGUGAAACGGAUGGCGAAGAGAUCGCUGAAACCCAAAAACCCAUUCGUCGUAGGCGCCUGCAACGACAAAGUCGUCGUUUGCAUGACUUCAUUGAUACUCAAGCUAUAUUUAGCAGCGAUGACGAAAGUGAAGAAUACAGCCAAAUGCCAUGUAGCCAAUAUGUUAAAGAUUCCAUGAUUGUGUCUAGUGAUGAAGCCGAGACGUUUGACGAAAAUGCAGCCACAUCAACACAGAUGCAAGCGUACUAUCUUCAAUCGGUUAAAAGUCCAAAACAUUUACCGCGUGGCGCUUUCAAAAUUCCCGCCUUUCGCGAGUUUAAUGAUCAAAGUCAAAUAUAUUCACAAGCUGCGCCUUUAGAAGAAUCUCAAUACGUUUGCGAUUCUUUUGUAGUAAAUGAAGAUGAUGAAGGAUCAAUAGAGUUACAUGACCAAACUGUAUGCCCACUGGAACGAGCUGAGCGCAUUUUAAAGGAACGGAGACGUAGAAGUAAGGAAUUCAAAUCAGUUGCUAAGAUUCAGCGGCGACGGCGCAUUGUCAAACCGUCAGAGAGUUCUGAAGAUGAGGACUAACACUCAAAAUUAUUAAUCACUAACAUGAAGUAUUUUCGUGGUAUUCAGUGAUUUUUGUUUUUGAGUGCGUAAAUCUUUGGAAAUUAGAACACGAUUUAAUUUUAAAUGCCUAUAUAAGUUAACUUUCUCGUUAUUAUGAAGUUAAAAAAAAUAUAAUUUUUGGGAGCCGUGCUCCUUUAUUCACCAUUCACUUAGAACUAAAAUUACAAAAUAAUAUUUCUUAUAAUUUAUAACCUUAUCUACGUUUGCCUUACUGACGGUGAAAACUGCUGACGGUUCGCUUCCCACAGGUGAAGUUGUUUGUUUCAACUUGACUUCUAUUUAACGCUUACUGUUCACAUGGUUUGGCCCGCUCAUGUUACAGCCUCAGCGAUUUCGACACUUUGUUAUGUCUUGGGUAUUUAAUUUAUAUUAUAUUAUGUGAACAUGUGUCAUGGUAACAAACUCCCCCCCUAAGAUUCAAACGUCCUCGUUUGAAGUCUUGUUGAAAAUUUGGUUAAGUCCUUUUAUUGCAGCCUCCGUUAGAUCGAUGGACCGUGUUUCUUUGUUUUUUCUAGGAGACAGGAUUAAUUUGUUUGAAAAUAUGGCAAUGAUUAUAAGUAUGAUCAUAACGCUGAUGCUUGCUGCAUACUUGAGCCGAUAUGACGAUCCUGUUAGUCUAAUUUCUUUUGUGUUAUUGAAAUUUAAUUGUUUUAGCAUUUCUAAAGAAAGUAUUUCUUCGCUUCUGUUUGAUAUCGAUAUUGGUUGGAGAAUAGCAGGUAGGGGUUUGUUCGUUGAUUUUUCCCCAUUGAAAAAUUUCUUUCCGUUGAUUUGAAUUGUGGCGUUAUUGAAGUGAAUCACAAAAGUACCGUUAAGAGUUGUAUAGUCUUCAUUUAUUAGGACACGGCCCCUGAAAUCGUUUAGGAAUAUAACUCCAGGUGACAGCUCCUCGAAGUCUGGGAUGUGCUGGCUAUUUGUGACCGUGCAGUUUGGCAAACGACUCGUUAAGAGGUUACUAAUACAAUAAUCAUUACUUAAAUCUAGCAAAUUAUCCCUUAAACAUAUUUGUAAUGAGUUAUAUUUUUUACAACUGCUUUUUAUUCCAUAAAUAACUUUUUCACAGUUAAGAAUUGAAUUGAAACUGAUUUUGUUAAUAUUGUUGUUUUUCUUUACCGCUCUGAUAUCAAUAGUUUGACAAAUUUGAUUUUCUACAGUUGGUAAACUUAUAAUAUAAAUGAUUGUCUUGCCAUUAGUCGCUAUUUUAAUUUCAGAAAAUUCCAGAGCUUCGUCCAAAUUUACAAACGGGA